AUGGCUGACUCGCCGGGGACGGCUGGAACUCGGGAUAAGGUCCACCACACGGUGACUGCCUGCGUGCGAUGCAGACAAAGGAAGACUCGUUGUGACCCCGCGCUCCCCCGGUGUGAGCCUUGUGAAAGGAGCAACGCCCACUGCGAAUACUAUGACUCGACCAAGAAUAGAACAAUUCCUCGGACUUACAUCACCUCCCUUCAGGAUACCGUGCGCCGGCUCAAUGAAGAACUAAAGGCAUUGCAGAAAGAGGAGGAGUAUGAACCCGACCACGAGGCAAUGGCGCGUGGCGCUGGUCUGGUCAAGUUCAGUGACAAAGACGAAAGCCGAUUCCUGGGCCCCUCAAGUGGUAUUGCCAUCACUCGGUUUGUUAUGGAGUUCGCAAAACAGAAUUCGACCCGGAGGACAAUCAAGGACGUCGUACCACAGCAUGCCGCUCAAGAGAUUAAAGACAAGUUUGAGUCCGAAAGCAGCAAGCCUACGUCGAAAGUGUACCCUCUCAUCAGUUCGGUCGCCGCCCCAGAUCUCCCAACCCGUGAUCUCAUGGAUCGCCUUGUCCAGAUUUACAUGGUCAAAGCCCAAUACAUGCUCCCGCUUCUCCACGAACCCUCUUUUCUUAAAGAGCUCCAGGCUGUUUACGAUGGCUCAAAGGACCCGACUCUGAAUUUCCAGGUCCGUCUCGUUGUUGCAAUUAGCAUGCAAAAGCUGGACAAGCAAUACGCUGGACUUGCCGACAGCUACUAUCUGGCUGCGCUGCCAUUUUUGACAGACGCCGUCCAGAAGAUGGAUCUGUCAACACUCCAAUGCUUCGCACUCAUCGCCCAAUAUUCAUUGCUCACCCCUACCCGAACCGCGGCAUACUGGGUGGUAGGUAUCGCGGCAAAACUGUGUCAAGAGCUGGGGCUGUGCGAAGAAGAGACGAUCGGUCGACCACCUUCCGGCGGCCGGCCCAAUUGCCUUGAGUUGGACAUGCGACGGCGGUUGUUUUGGAUCAUAACAUCCAUGGAGUACGGCCUUGCCCACAGUCUUGGAAGACCAAGCGCAUUCGGCGUAACUGUGGAUAACAUCAACGUCGGCUUUUUUGAGCUUUGCGACGAUAAAUAUAUCAGUGCAGACGGCCUGCUUCCCGGCCACCAUCCAAUCAUGAAAAAAUGUAUCUCGAUACAUUUCUUCAAGAUGAGACUCCUCCAGGCCGAGAUCCGACGGACACUGUAUCUCAAGAAGCGAGAGGCACCGGUGCACGACCAAGACCCGUGGUUUCACCAGAUGCUGACCAAGAUUGACAAUUGGGUUCGUGAUUGCCCCAAAAACGACGAGGGAUCCGGACUGAGCGAGGCCUGGUUCAUUGGUCGCAAAAACACAAUGAUGGUCUUUAUGUAUCGACCAUCACCGCAAAUUCCCUGCCCGUCUCUUCACGCCGCUCAGCAAUGCUACUCAGCAGCGACUUUCAACAUCAUGCUCCAGAAACGCCAGGUGGAAGGAAAUUUGAUCGAUAUUACUUGGAUCUUUACCCAAGCCAUCUUUAUGGCGCUCAACACGGUACUCUGGUGCCUAUCCUAUCCUGGUAUUCGACAGCAACAUCCCUUGGAAGAGGUCCAGAAGCACAUUCGGGACGCGCUCAGAGCGAUCGAACUCUGCGCCGACCGCUGGCCGGGCGUGCGCUCUGCUCAACAACUCUACGAGAACCUCGUGUUUGGCUGUCUCAAGGCGUACGAAGUCGAUAGUAAGGAAUCGCCCGCAUCGCAAUCGGACUACGUCUCCUCUACAGCGACCCAAGAAUUGAACUCGGCUGCCGCGUCACAGUUUGCGAACAGCCCAGCCAGUACAACAAACACAUCAAUAUACGGUGCCCAAUCCCCCCAAUCCAUCCAUAGCGUGCACGCCGCAACAAAUAAUCACAGCUUCAAAACCGCCACGGCUGGCUACAUCGAUCAUUCGGCGCAGCAACCAUUCCAUUCUCAGCCAGAGAUGCUCCCUACAACAACACAGCCAAUGGCCAAUCUGCAACAACAGUAUAUCCCUACGACCACCCACUCAUCACUUCCCAGUAUGGACGCUGCUUCCAUGCACUAUAGUCUGCCUGGUUUCGAGACACAUUCCUUCCCAGCAACGACCGGUGCAGAUGCUAGUGGUGCGUGGACAGCCGCACCUCUCAUACCGGGAGUUAUACCUGGCAUAACGGGCUCCCCCAACAUGAACUACGACGAUCUUCCAUACCUAGCCUCCUUCGGCCACGAGUAUAGUCGUUACAUGGGGCAAUCUUUCCCCCCACCAGGCCCGUACGACCCUUCUGGCUCUUCGGGAAUAGGGGCGGUAGCAGGCGGUCAUCCUGGUGCACCGGGCAAUUAUGCCAUGCAGAGCCUGAGUUCCCAGCAGCAAAUGGAACUCAUGGCCAUUCUGGAGGCUGAGCGGAGCAAUGGCCAAUUGCCGGAUGUGAGUGGGAUGAUUAGUGAUGCGACGACAUUUUAUACGCCACAGUUGCCAUAG